UGGCUGCCAGCAAGAAGCAAUUUGUGUCUCGGAUCGGUGCCAUUGUGUUGAAGGAAAAUUCCGUUCCUAUGCGGAAAAGGUGAAAAUUGUGCAAUUUGUUUUGCCCUGUCCGGCCUGUGAUUAGGAAAAAUAGUGACUUUGUGAUGUGGGCUACACGUGACGGCUGUUUGUGACCGGUGAAUCGUUCGUGGAAAGUGUUAAAAUUGCAUCGGAAAAGUCGGAUCGGUCGGUCGUCAAUCGUCAGCAAAUAGCCAGAAACAGUAGUAUUAAUAGAGAAAGAGAGUGUGUGCGGAAAGGAAGGGAGGGGCGCUGAUUGCUUCCGAACAAAAAACGGUUGUGUGUGUUACCGUCAUUCGAGAAAAGUAAAGAGAGAGAGAGAGUGCUUCAUUGAAACUUUCGAGCAUUCGAGUUUGUGUUGGUGUGUACACAAUUUUUGCUGUCUCGUUUCCGCUAUCCGGUGUUUGUGUAUGCUGAAAUGACCCAUUUAGGCGAAUGAGAAAGUGAGACAGAUCUGGCAACACAACGCACAGAACCAGGCCCAUUCUGUGAGUAGCGAGUGACAUCCGAAAGCAAAGCAAAAGCAAUAGUAUAUACCGGAGAGCGAGCAAGCGAGCCACCGCUAGGCAUCACGCAAUGGGGUGGAAGAGCAGAGAACGAACGAGCAGUGCCAUUCAAAAGUUGUAAAAAUGGCCGCACCGAAUUUGACGUCGACUCGCCGCACUGCCACUGCUGAUGGACUACAACUGCUGAAUGGUGGCCGUCGUCUUCUUUGUUCGAUCGUAGCGAAAUCGAGUAUGUAGUGAAUGAAGAGUGUAUUAUAACGUGUUGCAAUUUUAAAACAACCGAAAGAAGGCAACAGCCUCGCAGCAAGUGCAAAAACCCACAAGAAAGGAAGGUCCGAGUGUUUCCGAGAGAAAAUACUUAUAUUUCUGAAGCCCCAAAGAGCUAGGAAAAAAGGAAGGGCUGUCAAUGUCUGUUCGAAGAUAUACUGUCUAGGUUUUCCGUAUGUUGCUAGUAUUAUCAAUUGUGUUAGUCUAUCGGUGUCCGGAGCAAAUUCGGAACAAUGUCCAUCCGGGUGGACAACUCGGUUCCGGAUGAGCUAUCAGUGGUAUCAAGGGAAAUAUUCGGCUCCAGUUAGGUGUGAAAGAGCCAGAUAAGCACCAGCCCCUGUAGUAUCCGGGAGAGAAGAGAAAGAAAGCAGCUGGAAAAUCGAUUUCCAGUACCAGUGCAUACAACUAGGACUGUCUGUCAAAUCGAGAAAAAAUAACAGGAGCAAGGAAGGCACAAGGAAGGAAGGAUCUACUUUUGGAUAGGCAAAACUAUCAACAGCAGAAAAGCGAAUACCGAGAAAAAAAAUGCCGAGUGCUUCGUUUUCCUCGUCGCGAUCUUACGUGCGACGAUCUCGCAGGAAGGGAAAUCGGAUUCCACUGCCCUCGAGAACAUCAGCACUCUGCGAACCACCAUGCCAGAACAUUCCUGCACCGAACGUGGGUGCUGCUCCGACUGGUCAGCAAAACAACGGCCCAGCCCUACCAGCGGCCCCUGGUUCAGGCUCAUCUGCCAAUCCUGCCUCUUCCAGCUCAUCUAGCAGUAAUAGUACCAACUCCGCCAACAGCACCAGUUGUGUAAAUAACCUAAAUCUAAACAGCGGACCGAGUAGCACAAGCACCACCUCCUCCUCCAACGCAGCCUCCUCGUCUUCUUCGUCUGGACCGUCGUCACAGGGGCCUUCCAGUUCAUCGUCCUCGUCGGCUGCUAGUGGAGGAGCUCUGUCUUCGUCAGUGUCCUCACUACCCUCCUCGUCGUCCUCAUCCGUAACACCACCGUCAGUUCCCUCGAAUGCCAUCUCCUCGGUCGCUUUGUCCGAGGUUAAACAGAACUCAAACUCGCCGUACGAUUUAAGGAAAAAGUCCCCACUGGCAGCGCAUGAUUCAGCCAGCUGGCUGGCCGGAUCCAGCAGCUCCGGUGGCUCCAGUGGAACCGGUCCAUCAUCCUCCGGGGGGACCACUAGCUCUAGUACUAGCAGUAAUAGUCAUAGUCUCCUGCAAUCGCAUCAGUAUCAAUCUUUAGCCUACGACGGGAAUGCCGCCUACAUGCUUCCGGCACGGAAGCGACCAAGACGUACUUAUUCCACCAGUACUGAAACUUCUUCUUCGUCGAUGGGUUCGGCGUCGACAGCUUGCACCGCAACAACUGGCGCUGUGCCUGGUAAUCCCAUGAUAACAUCCGCCAGUGCUGUAGCAUCAACUCUCUGCAUGCAAUCAGCCGCCCAUUACCUGCAGUAUGAAAUGCCAGAUGAAGUCCUGUUGACCAUAUUUUCCUAUCUGCUCGAGCAGGACCUGUGCCGGGUUUCGCUCGUGUGCAAACGCUUCCAGACGAUUGCAAACGACACAGAACUGUGGAAGCGCCUUUACCAGAAUGUGUACGAGUACAAUAUGCCCCUAUUCAACCCCGAACCUUGCAAGUUUAUCUUCGUAAAAUCGGAGGAUUCGGACUAUGCCAACCCGUGGAAGGAAAGUUUUCGGCAGCUGUAUCGGGGAAUACACGUGCGGACAGGUUAUCAAGAUCGCCGCUAUCAAAGUCGAAAUAUAGCGUACUUUAACACAGUUCAGGCGGCACUGGAUCAUGCCGACGAAAAGAACUCGGCCAACAACAGUCCCGCCGGUGUGGGGGGUGGAAGCAAUAGUAGUAGUAACAGUAGCAGUAAUAGUAAUGCCAACAAUAGUAGUUCUAGUAACAAUUCCGUUUCCGGCGCAGCUGGCGGUGGAGCUGAAGGCGAUGAAAAUUACCCACCGGAAAAUAAUGGUUCGCUAAUUUUCCUGCAUCAUGGUACGUAUCGGGGUGAAUUUCUGGUGAUCGAUUCGGAUGUGGCGCUGAUUGGAGCCGCACCGGGUAAUGUGGCUGAAUCGAUCAUUCUCGAGCGGGAAUCGGAAUCGACGGUGAUGUUCGUCGAAGGUGCCAAGCAUGCGUACGUAGGACACAUGACACUGAAGUUUUCGCCAGAUGUAACGUCGACGGUGCCUCACCAUAAGCACUAUUGCCUGGAGGUCAGUGAGAACUGCAGCCCGACGAUUGAUCACUGUAUCAUCCGGAGUACGUCAGUGGUGGGUGCGGCGGUUUGCGUUAGCGGUGUCGGGGCCAAUCCGUUGAUAAAGUACUGCGACAUAAGUGAUUGCGAGAAUGUCGGUUUGUACGUGACCGAUUACGCCCAGGGUACGUACGAGCACAACGAGAUCAGCCGGAACGCGCUGGCCGGUAUCUGGGUGAAAAACUAUGCUAGUCCAAUAAUGCGCGAGAAUCACAUUCACCACGGCCGGGACGUGGGUAUUUUCACCUUCGACAACGGAAUGGGGUACUUCGAAAAGAACGACAUUCAUAACAAUCGGAUAGCGGGCUUCGAGGUGAAAGCAGGUGCUAAUCCGACGGUGGUCAAGUGUGAGAUUCAUCACGGUCAAACCGGUGGAAUUUACGUGCACGAGAACGGGUUGGGACAGUUUAUAGAGAAUAAAAUUCAUUCCAAUAACUUUGCGGGUGUUUGGAUUACUUCCAACAGCAAUCCGACGAUACGGAAAAACGAAAUCUACAACGGGCAUCAGGGUGGGGUGUACAUUUUCGGUGAAGGUCGAGGGUUAAUUGAACACAAUAACAUCUACGGUAACGCGCUGGCCGGUAUUCAAAUCCGUACUACGAGCGAUCCGAUCGUUCGGCAUAAUAAGAUACACCACGGCCAGCACGGUGGAAUAUAUGUGCAUGAGAAAGGCCAAGGACUGAUUGAGGAGAAUGAGGUAUAUGCAAACACGUUGGCUGGUGUGUGGAUUACGACCGGUAGCACGCCGGUUCUGAGGCGAAACCGCAUCCACUCGGGCAAGCAGGUUGGGGUGUACUUUUACGAUAAUGGCCAUGGUAAGCUGGAAGAUAAUGACAUCUUCAAUCAUUUGUACUCGGGAGUGCAAAUUCGGACGGGAAGUAAUCCGGUCAUUCGUGGGAAUAAGAUAUGGGGCGGUCAGAACGGUGGUGUGUUAGUGUAUAACGGUGGACUGGGACUGCUAGAGCAGAACGAAAUUUUCGAUAAUGCGAUGGCCGGUGUGUGGAUCAAGACUGAUUCGAAUCCCACGUUGAAACGGAACAAAAUCUAUGACGGGCGGGAUGGCGGUAUUUGUAUAUUCAAUGGCGGCAAGGGAGUGCUGGAGGAGAACGACAUAUUUCGAAACACCCAGGCGGGUGUAUUGAUUUCCACGCAGAGCCAUCCGAUCCUGAAGCGUAAUCGAAUAUUCGACGGACUGGCAGCCGGGGUGGAGAUCACGAACAACGCAACGGCAACACUGGAGUUUAAUCAGAUUUUCAACAAUAAGUUUGGUGGACUGUGCCUGGCCAGUGGCGUUCAGCCGAUUACGCGUGGCAAUAAGAUCUUCAACAAUCAGGACGAGGUGGAGAAGGCCGUCUCCGGUGGACAAUGUCUGUACAAGAUCAGCUCGUACACGUCGUUCCCGAUGCAUGACUUCUACCGGUGCCACACGUGCAAUACGACCGAUCGGAACGCGAUCUGUGUGAACUGUAUCAAAACGUGUCAUGCGGGUCAUGACGUCGAGUUCAUCCGGCACGAUAGAUUCUUCUGUGAUUGUGGUGCCGGUACCCUCACCAACCAGUGUCAGCUACAGGGCGAACCGACGCAGGACACCGACACGCUGUACGACUCCGCGGCGCCAAUGGAAUCGCACACGCUAAUGGUAAACUAGGGACUUGUUAUAUUCAUAAUACUAAGCUAAACUGAAAGUCGGAGUGUGUAGCCCACUCCAACAGAAGAAACAACAACCACCAGUUGGACUCACCGUGUGUUGUUUGGUGUUGAAGAUUGUACGUCGGCUUUUUAUAACUGUGAAAGGAAACAGGUGACAAACUACACCCCCCCCCCCCCCCCCAAAACCAAUCUAAACCAAUAAGUAUUUGUUGAAUGGCGGUAAACGAUGAAUUAGAGAAACUCGAUAGUGUAUCAUGAUUCGUACUCGUUCAGCUGAAUAGUUCUUUCGUUUCGAUAAUAGUUAUUAACUAAUCAAACCACAAUCAUGAGAAUGUACGCUAGGUAUAUGCUACUUAUUGCCAUCAGCUCACUGCUAGAAAUACUCCUCAUUCGCAAAUAACUUGCUAUAAAACAUUCGUCACCCAUCCGCUGCGCCACUCGAGAAACUCAAGUUGGACCAGUUCUAAACAGCAGUUUAAAAUGUCUAAUACAACACAGGCGCACACGAUAUACUGAAUCUCGUUUCGUUUUACUCUACCACUAGUGAAAAUAUGGCAUAGGUCAACAAAACAAAAAAAAAACAAAUCAAAUUGUGUGCGAAAAAACGGUUUAAAUCAACCAUCAUGAAAGAGAAUUGGGUGGUUCUGCUUUGGCGUGCUAAAUUUAAUUUUUGUUUUUUUUUGUUGUAAAGAAAUUUAACAGUUUUUUUGAUGGAUCUGUGUAGUGGUGCACUUGAACAAGUCUAUGUCUGUAUUUUCUUGUAAACAACCAAAACGCAGUUUAGCGAAAUUGAUUGAAACAUUGUAAGUAUUAUGUCUCGUCUUUUUAAAGGGGUGGUUCCAACGUGACUGCCCGUCUGUUUGUAUUCUGUAUUUAGAGACAUUUUCUCUUGUUGUUUCCGGAAGUAUCCGAAACUACUACUCUGUGUACAUAAAGUGUAAAUUUAGGUGUCGCGUACGCGACGAAACACAAGCGAUAUUAUCUCUAUUGUACUGUACUGGAAUGUGUAUAUGUUUUUUAGUUAGGGUUUUUGUUUUGUGCUCCACCUCAUUUGUGCUGUUCAGGUACGCGACUAUUUCCCCUCCCCCUAGACGGAGAGUUCAAGUUCAGCCGUGAAAGCGAGCCGUGGAUGAUUUCAUAUUUUAGCUAGUUUUAAAUGUUCCCAUCCAACCUUCUCUCAAAAAGAAUUCCGACUAGUUGCAUAUGUGCAAUUUGGUAUUAAUUUGUAGAACUGUCAUGUGCGCGUUAAAAGAACACUAAAUAAUCUGUUUGUAAGCAAUAGAUUUGCAUUAACACAUCAUUCGAAUAUAUUAGUAUAAAACAGACGGGUCCUUUCCGAUUUAUUUGAAUUUGUUUGGGGUUGUAUACUGCCGUUCUACGCAUAAUUGUCCCAUGUUGCUUUUUGGUUAUUUUCACUUUUUUUAACCAAACAGUACUUUUUGAUGUAUAUUUUCAGAAAACACAUCCAAAUCAUAAAGUUUGUUCGAAGACUUCGUGAAAAAAUACCAAGUCUGUUUGUCCCAUUGUUGAUAUUCUACGCAUAAUUGUCCCACUAACAAAAAUCCCAAAAAAGUGCGCAAUAAAAAAAUAAUUACGUAGCGUUUAGUUAAGAAGUACAUUACGCUAGAUGUCGGGCACUGAAAAAAUUGAUGGAAAAAUACAGGAUCAUUAAAAAUGGCAGUGGCAAUAUUAAUCACAGCAGUGAGAACAAUCCUGUAAAGCUCUUCAUAACUAUCGUCGCUUGCAUAACAUGGCGAACGCAUUGAGGAUAAUGAGCCUAUUUUCGCAAUGUUUCUAUUAUCACGCUACCCAUUUGAAGCCGUUGGUUAGUGCAGCGUUUGCUAUCUUUGUUCAACACAUUGGAUCAAAUGGUAAGGCGACAAUUGGAGCACUCGAUUGGAACUUUAGUUGCGAUCAAACACUAGCAUUUCAUCGUUUUUAGGCCAUUUGUGUUAUUAGAUUGGUUCUUAAGAACGAAGCAAGGUUGUGAAUGCCAAAUUAAUGCACUCCAUCGAGUGUAGGCAGAGUAAUUAAUGAUCUUGUGAGGUACCCUUCUAAAUAGUGUAAAAAUAGGUACUUUACCCUAUGUCCAAUUUUGAUAAAGCAACAAAUCUCCCGAGUAACAGAAAAACUCACGACAUACACUUUUGUAAAAAAAUGAGUUAUGAGCAUCAUUUACAAAGAUCGUUAUGGGACUGAUAUGCGUAGAACUUUCCGGUUUCCGCUCGAUUUCUCGGCAUAACAGUCCCACUUAACAUUUUUCUUAAAAACUAACGUUAAUUGAAUCUCUAUAAUAAAAAACUGGACUGAUUAUAAUGAAAACGAUUGCCAUGAACGUAAUUUUGGACAAUAAAGCUUUAUUUGUUACACCGUAUCCCUCCAGAUGGCUAAUACAAUUUUCAUCUUCAAUCGCGUUUUUCUCAGUUGCCAGUUUUGCAACAUGGGACAAUUGGGCGUAGAACGGCAGUAUAGUAUCCUAUAAAACCAUUAUUCAGAUAUAGCGUUCCGUCUGAAAAACUCACUUCCCAAAAUGGACUGAUCAUCAGACAAAUCAUUUGCCAGAAUGAACUGAUCCCCGCAAAAAUCUUUGCUAAAAUCAACGUUUGCUCAGAAUGAACCAUAUCCCAGAAAGAAAAGAUGCCGAAAAUAUUCAAAUUUAGUUUUUCCGCACGUAAUUAACUAUUCGCAUCAGAAAUUUGAACCAUGUAUAGAUAUGUGAAUUAGCUUUCUUUUACAUUUAAGAACGACUCAUUACCUGACAGACCUUUCAGGGAAACUCAUUGUAACCAGAGAUGUUUCCUUCUUUUAAACAUGAGCUGUUCUUAUCAGCUUAAUUUCUUUCGUUUUUAAUUUCUUCGAAAUUUUUAAUUUGCUUAGGACAAUGUUGGCCUGAAUUGUGUCAACAAUCGACAUGUUCAAUGUUCUAAAAAAUUGUUAGAAGCUUGAAAUUAAUUCAAAGGUAACAUAAAUUCACUUUUAUUAUCUUUGUAUUACUCACUGUCUUGACCCUCGGUUGGGAUCUUUAAUUAUACUUUCUCAGCGGUUUGGUAUGAGUUAGAAAUGAAUUUUUGGGGAAUUCUAUUCUGGAAGCGGUGCAUUCUGGAAUUUAGUCCAUUUUGGGGAAAAAAUUCUGGCAAAAUGUGUCAUGCAUGGUUUCCAGAAAAAUGUUACACAGUCAACGUUCGUCUAUUUUGAAUUUGUACCACGAAUCAGAAUAUCAUUAGACAUAUGAGCAAAUUUGGCUCAUGCUUCGAAUAUUGAAAACCAUGAUUCGUGGUUCGUUCCUCUUAUUGCACGAAUUUCAUUCCUCAUAUUGCACGAAUUUGUGAAUUUAGCAACCAUUAUCAUUAUGCAGUCUUAAGAAUCGCGCCCCUUCAGUAAAUUUUCCCCAACCCCAUUCAAUUUCAAAUCAUCCCCUCCUUCAGACAAUCUGAUGCUGCUCCCAAAACGGGUCAAUCACCGGACCGGAUUUAAGACUGAAAGAACCUCAAACCACACCCGACAGCCCGUUAGUUAGCCCCACAAUCACAUCAGUUGACAAUAUGCUCUCUCUCUCUCGCUCUGUUAUCGCAACGACGGCUUGCAGGUCUACUGCCAAUCUACUACUGCCUCCCACGCCCAUCGAAUUCCUACCCCUCACUGUUUAUCCCAUUCACAACGUACAGCACACAUCGUCGGUAUCUAUUUAGUACAAAGUGGAAAUAGUACAACAGGUUUUUUUUUAUUUCUACGCUACGUUUCAUGAGCUUCCUUCGUUCCAAUUACUACUUUGAAUACUAACCAAGAGAAGUGGAAAAAGUUGUAAACUGUGUCCCCAGUGCAUUUAUCUGUGUUACAGGCUAGGUUUUAGGCGGCAGAACCGACCGAUUAUUAUUAUUAUUAUUUGUGAUUAGUUUUACUUAGAAACGAGAGAGAUGAAUGUGUUCUACUUGUACCCGUUAGCUAUGUUUUUAUUUUCAUUCGACGAAUUACAUUAUAUAGCUAUGUGUUCGGUUUUGUACUAUUAGUAGUUUUAUGAUCCGCUUACAUGUAGCAAGUAUGUAAACACGUAUGUGAAAUUUUAACUGUAUUAAUUUUUUGUAUGUUUAUAAAAUUUAUACUAGAUUGCAAUUGUACUGAGUAACCUAGCGUAAGUGUGAGGGAAGCAAACCGCAACGAAAGAGGAGAGUUUAUCUGUAAAUUAUUGUAUGUAUGUAUUCACCAACACAAUGCACCUUUUUGCGCUAAAAAAACAAGCUUCUUAUAUACAUUUUAUAA